AUGAAUUCUGAAAUAAGCUUUCUAACUCCACCUGUCUUCAAUGGUGAGAAUUAUCAAGCUUGGACAAUUAGAAUGAUGGUUCAUCUUGAAGCACUGGAUCUAUGGGAAGCAGUACAAGAGGACUAUGAAGUAACUCCUCUUGGAGAUAAUCCAACAUCCGCUGAAAUUUGGGAGUAUCUUGAAAAGAAAUACCAAGGAAACGAAAGAGUUCAAAAUAUGCAAGUGAUGAAUAUGAUUCGGGAAUUCGAAAUGAAGAGAAUAAAACAAUCAAAAACCAUAAAAGAUUAUGCAGAUCAACUGCUUGACUUAGCCAACAAGGUGAGAUUGUUUGCUAAGGAUUUUACUGAUAAAAGAAUUGUUCAAAAAAUUCUUGUCACACUUCCUGAGAAAUAUGAAGCAAUAAUUUCUUCUUUAGAGAAUUCUAAGGAUCUGUCAAGUAUUACCUUGGCAGAACUUCUUAAUGUUUUGCAGGCAUUGGAGUAA